AUGGCAUCGAUACUUAAAAUUACUCGCUCAUGGCGAUAUUUUAAUCGUAAAUUUCACUGUAAAAUUGAAGACACCUAUCCUUUGGAUGCACCCUUACGUAACAAGCCGAAGGUAAGCCAACCGGCAGACUACGAAAUGAUGCCCGGAAUGUCGCCCAAAGUAUUUCGCGAGACGGAGUACGACCAUGCCCUUGGACCCAUACCGACAACGGGAAAUGCGACCAAGAACUACCACUACAAGAAUCCGGAAUACUUUUCCUACCAUAACUAUUCGUAUUACGACAUUGGACGUGCGAUAGGGUGUGCCUAUCGGCAACAACCGAGCGCAGUGCCGAAACGCGGCAAAUUGUUCCGUCUUCCGUGGCAAAAGGAGGAAGACAUUCUGUACAAUGCAGCGAUUCCGGUGUCGUUUAGUUGCUUUCGCUUUCGUGAAGAGGAAAAGUUGGAACAGGGCGAUGAGAAAUCUCAGGAACAAACUGCAAAGAGUUAG